CCAGAUUUAUUUUUAAUAAUAUUUUGAGGUUGUUUUCAUUACAUUCUUGUAAAAUUUAUUAUAAAUAUAUAGAACUUGGUGAAAUAAAAAUGUCCUUAUUCUCCUAUGCGGCAAUAGCCCUAAAAAGGGCUGCUACAUUUCGGUAUCCAUUGAAGAGAAACUUCGUAAAACUUGACAGUGGUGCAUCAUUUAGUUCGGCGGUUACCAAAACAAUUCAUGAUGUGAAUACAAACGUUACAAAAGAUGUUAUAUUGUUUAAGUAUGAGAAUCCAAAGUUUUAUAUGUACAUGAAUAUAUUUGCUGUAGUCCAAUAUAUGUUUUGGACAUAUUUAGGACUGUUCGCUCUGCAAAACUUAAGAGAUGCACCCGUGGAUAAAUCUACCGUUACUGAUGAUACGCCAUGGUAUCGAAAGAUAAAUUUAGGCGAGAAUAAGUAUAAAAAUACUCUAGGAGUUGUAGCAGUUAUUAUUGGAACUGGUUCUCUAGGAAUGAUAUGGAUGUAUACCCUAAAAUCUGUGCGCUAUCUUAUCCUCAACAAAGGUGGACAAAAUCUAACAUUCAUCACAUAUGCACCAUUUGGAAAUAACAGGAUAAUGAAAGUGCCUAUUGAAUUUGUAUGUUGCAAGGAGAGUCGAAAGUUGGCUAAAGUGCAGCUACCAUUGAAGGUGAAAAAUACAGUAAUGCAUUAUAUGCUAGACAUGAGAGGGGAGUUCAAAAAUCCAUUGCUUUUUGAUUGUACAGCUGGUCUUAAGAGAAUAUGGUGAAAUUGAAUCUUAAAGGUAAUUAACAUGUGAACUUAUAAUCUUUGAACAAUGAAUAAGAUAUCACAGUCACAGGUUUGAUUCCCAGCAAGGACAAUUUGGCAAUAUAUUAAUUUAGAAUUUUCUCUGGUCUGUUAACCAUUGGGCUAGUUAUAACCCUACCAACCAAGACAUGCUACCAAGUGAUUUAAUACCCCAUGAUGCUGCAUGGGACCAGGUUACAUAAACCAGCAUAAUAGGUGAGUUGCUUCCAUUUAGGCAGCCUCAUCACUUACCAGUAGUGUGAGAUUGCAGUCUAAUGCUACUUUGAAUUGAGAUUGCAGUCUAAUGCUACUUUGAAUAAAAAGAAAAUUUAAGCUGUACUCCAACUUGAAGUUGCCUCCUCAAUGAGAUCAUUUUUUUUUAUACCAGACUAAUGAUUUAUUUUUUAUGUUUCCUUUUCCAUAUUCAAACAUUUAUAUCAUUUCUGUUGUGUCUUGUUUGCAUAUUUCGUAAACUUUGGAGUGUAAAUAAUUUUUAGCAUAAGUUAGUAAAAUGCGUAAGUUUGUUUAUAUUCUAGGCAGUU